GACUUUUGCAAGUUUCCCUUAGCUUUUGACUCACAAGAACUCUGCCAACAGACACUGGAAAAACUUUGGCCUUCUGUUAGACUUUGGCAUGUUGUAGCCUGGCUCUUGCACACUAGUUACCUGUUCACAUUCGCCAUAAAUAAUGAAUAAAAACCUAACUUGCAGCUAGAUUGUUGAAGUAACUUCUGGAAGGGUUUGUUUCCUUCUCUUUCCCCCACCCCUUUAAGACUUCUUGUCUUAUGGGAUUUGUUUGCAAUCUGCUAGCUGAAGCUCUGAGGCAAGUUUGCCAGAUCUGGGGCUGCCUCAUCAUUCUGCACAUCUGGAAGUGGUUUAUGUGCUCUCAUUCCUCCAGUGCAGCGUCUGGACUCUGUGCUAUUCCUCAGCGGCAGAGAAAGAAAGGAAAAUCAGCACAACUCCAAAGUAAACUUUGAAGAGUCCGAAAAAGGAAUUGAAUCGUAAAACUGUUACUGUGCCCUGUAAGGCCCUUGUUCGGGUGACUUCAAAGGAGGAUGGUGGUCAAGGACGCUUUGGCAAGAGUGCUUACAGCUGUGGGCUAUCUAGGAUCCAAGUAAAUAGCUCCACAGCGCUUCAGGAGAGAGGAGUCCCGAAUAUUGUGCUGCUUUGAAGAGUUAACCAGAUCUUACUGUUACUUCUUGUUUUAACCGUGUGCGCUAUUCUGUAUAACAAAGUUCACCAGGUGCCAUUGGCAUUAAAAAAUGAAACAGGUUUCAUAUGAAUAAGCAGCUACAUGAAGGACAGGCUGAAUUGUGCCCCUGCUGAGUAGAAGAUGCCAAGAACUCUCUUAUUUAUUCUCUGGAGGCAUCCAUCAGUCCAGUCAACCUGCAAGUAGUUCUGGAUUAGCAACAGCUCAAGUUGUGUGCCUUGCCAGAUGGGGAUGUGUAUAGGACGUGUUGAUUUGGAGAGUCCUGAGGAAAUGGAAGAAGAAAUCCCAGUGGUGAUCUGCGCUGCUGCGGGCAGGAUGGGCGCAGCUGUAGCAGCCAUCAGUAGCAUCUACAGCAACACAGAGGCCAAUGUUUUGUUCUACAUCGUUGGGCUGAAGACAACCAUCCCACACAUUCGAAAAUGGAUUGAAAAUUCUAAACUGAAAGAAAUAAAAUUCAAGGUUGUGGAAUUCAAUCCUAUGGUACUAAAAGGAAAAAUCAGACAAGAUGCAUCACGUCCUGAGCUACUGCAGCCUCUGAACUUUGUUCGAUUUUAUCUUCCUUUGCUUAUCCAAAAACAUGAGAAAGUAAUAUAUUUGGAUGAUGAUGUCAUUGUUCAAGGUGACAUCCAGGAACUCUACGAUACUAAGUUAGCUCCUGGACAUGCAGCAGCUUUUUCAGAUGAUUGUGAUCUGCCUUCUACACAUGAAAUGAUUAGAAGUGUAGGGAUGCAGAACACAUACAUGGGAUUCCUGGACUACAGAAAGCAAGCCAUUAGAGAUCUUGGCAUCAGCCCCAGCACCUGCUCUUUUAAUCCUGGAGUAAUUGUUGCUAACAUGACUGAAUGGAAACAUCAGCGGAUCACAAAGCAGCUGGAAAAGUGGAUGCAAAGAAAUGUAGAGGAAAACCUCUACAGUAGCACCCUUGGGGGAGGCGUGGCAACCUCUCCAAUGCUGAUUGUAUUUCAUGGAAAGUAUUCCUCUAUUAAUCCUAUGUGGCACAUAAGGCAUCUUGGUUGGAGUCCUGAUGCUCGUUACUCAGAGCAAUUUCUUCAAGAAGCUAAAUUACUUCACUGGAAUGGGAGAUACAAACCUUGGGACUAUCCCAGUGUCCACACUGAUCUCUGGGAAAACUGGUUUAUUCCUGACCCUUCAGGGAAGUUCAAAUUAACUCGUCCUGAUAGCUGAUACUGAAAUACUGCAAAAUGUAGUGUAUGGGAUGCAUUUAAUAGUUUGAUAUGCAACAUGUUGUAUGAUUAAUUGAUUUUAGAAAACAAAGUAUUUGUUAACUGACCAUCAGUUUUGUGUGCUUAUGGCAGGAGAGGGAGGCUGGAGUGAUCAGUACAGUUCAGAUUAUCCUGACUUGCAUGUAAGGUGAGGAAACAAGUUUAUUUGACAAUGAAGUUCUUUCAUUAAACACUUAAAGAGGUGAAAUUCAGUGCCAGACAGCGUGCUUUAAUUUAAGGUUCUUUCUAAGCAAGAUUCCAAUGUUUCCUGGUAGAAAAAUCUACACAAAUAGCUGCAUUAUUAUGUACAAGAAGUGUUCAGUUAUCUAGUGCACAUUAAACAGCCUGAAAUGAAAACUUGGGCACAUGUUACUGAG